GGGCUGUGGGUAUGGGGGUACCAGGGCCUCCACGCCCCCCCCACAGGGCCUCUGGGAGCCAAACCCUCUGUCCCCUGCCAGGGUCUCUCCAAACUGCAGGAGUUGGUGCGGUACCACGUCUAUAACCACGGCCAGCUGACCGUUGAGAAGCUCAUCUCCAAGGGCCGGAUCCUCACCAUGGCCAACCAGGUCCUGGCCAUGAACAUCUCUGAGGAGGGCCGCAUCCUGCUGGGACCUGAGGGGGUCCCGCUGCAGAGGGUGGACCUGCUGGCCUCCAAUGGUGUGAUCCACAUGCUGGAUGGCAUCCUGCUGCCCCCGACCAUCCUGCCCAUCCUGCCCAAGCACUGCAGCGAGGAGCAGCACAAGAUCGUGGUGGGCUCCUGUGUGGACUGCCAAGCCCUGAACACUAGCACGUGCCCCCUCAACAGUGUGAAGCUGGACAUCUUACCCAAGGAGUGUGUCUACAUCCAUGACCCAGCUGGGCUCAAUGUGCUAAAGAAGGGCUGUGCCAGCUACUGCAACCAAACCAUCAUGAAACAAGGCUGCUGCAAAGGUUUCUUCGGGCCUGACUGCACGCAGUGUCCUGGGGGCUUCUCCAGCCCCUGCUACGGCAAGGGCAACUGCAGUGAUGGGAUCCAGGGCAACGGGGCCUGCCUCUGCUUCCCAGACUACAAGGGCAUUGCCUGCCACAUCUGCUCCAACCCAAACAAGCAUGGAGAUCAGUGCCAGGAAGACUGCGGCUGUGUCCAUGGUCUCUGCGACAACCGUCCAGGCAGUGGGGGGGUGUGCCAGCAGGGCACGUGUGCCCCUGGCUUCAGUGGCCACUUCUGCAAUGAGACCGUGAGGUACUGCGGGCCCAUAGAGAUGGCCGUGCACUGCCACCUGCAUGCCCACUGUGUCACCCAGGGGGGCUUUGCCAGGUGUCGCUGUCUUGAUGGCUUUGAGGGCAAUGGCUUCUCCUGCACACCCAGCAACCCCUGCUCCCACCCGGACCGUGGUGGCUGCUCAGAGAAUGCUGAGUGUGUCCCUGGGGCCCGGGGCACCCACAACUGCACAUGCCACAAAGGCUGGAGUGGGGACGGCCACGUCUGUGUGGCUAUUGACGAGUGUGAGCUGGACACGAGAGGUGGCUGCCACGCCGACGCCCUCUGCAGCUAUGUGGGCCCUGGACAGGUGAGGUGCAGCAGAGAGGGGGUGGGGGCCUUGGUUCUGGGGGAGUCUCUCCCUGCCCCAUUGACUCCUGGAACGCGGAAUCAGGUGCUCAGGGUCUGGAACCUCAGGUGCAGAUGGGAACCCAGUGCUGACAUGCUGAGUAGUAGCAGCUGGGGUUCGCUUCUUCCUCCAUCCACUCGUUGCUUUCCCAGGUGUUAUCAGGCAAGUGUCCCGUGCCAGCCCCUAUUCUAGAGGUAGGGAAUGCGAUACUGAGCAAAGCAGGACGAGCUCCCUGCCCGUGGGAGUGACCUCCCCAAAACUUUAGCCUCAUGGAAAUCCAGCCCUGGAGCUUUGCAGUGUCUGAAUCUAGUUACGGGAGCUCAGAACCUGGAGCCUUCCAUGCAGAGCAUUUCAGGACUGGUGAGUCUGCAUUUGAACAGGCAUUGAAGACUGUCUAAUGAGUCAGCUAGGAGGCCAGGCCUGGCUGGUCAGGGUCAGCCUCCGCAUAUGGCCCA